AUGCAGGCCAUUAAGUGUGUUGUUGUCGGAGAUGGUGCGGUAGGGAAGACAUGCCUGCUGAUCUCUUACACGACCAAUGCUUUCCCGGGCGAAUACAUUCCGACUGUAUUUGACAACUACUCCGCCAAUGUCAUGGUCGACGGCAAGACUAUCUCGCUCGGUUUGUGGGACACUGCGGGCCAAGAGGAUUACGACCGCUUGCGUCCGCUCUCAUACCCCCAAACUGAUGUCUUCCUCAUCUGUUUCUCACUCGUGAGUCCUCCAAGCUACGAGAAUGUUAGAACGAAGUGGUACCCCGAAAUCUCCCAUCAUGCUCCUUCGACUUCGAUUGUUCUAGUAGGAACGAAGCUUGAUCUGCGGGAAGAUCCAGCUACGAUUGAGAAACUGAGAGAUCGUCGUAUGACGCCUAUUCAGUACUCACAAGGCGUCGCGAUGGCAAAGGACAUUAGCGCAGUGAAGUAUUUGGAGUGUUCUGCACUGACGCAGAAGGGGCUGAAGACUGUUUUCGAUGAAGCCAUCCGAGCCGUCUUGAACCCACCUCCGACAAACAAGAAGCCCAAUAAGCCCAAGUGCAUCAUCGCUUGA